GGAUGGCAGGCGGCUCUUCCAGUACAUGGCGUCAUCCCCAGGCGCGCUCCAGGGCCUGCUGACCCCGUGAGUCACCGGGGGCGGCGCUGUGACUGCCGCUGACAGAUGGAACCUCCCGCAGAGCCGUACUGUCACCGGCGACAUGGAGCGGACGAGCACGGCAGGACUACAGCCCGGACUGGGCACCUUCUACUACUUCGCCUAUGGCAGUAACCUGCUGAGGGAGCGGAUUCUUCUGGACAACCCGUCUGCCUCCUUCCACUCGGUGGCCAUGCUGAAGGACUUCAAGCUUGCAUUUGGUAACCACAAAGGCAACCUGAACUCCCGAUGGCAUGGAGGAGCGGCUACAGUAGUUGAAAGUGAGGGUGACAAGGUUUGGGGAGUUGUAUGGAAAAUGGAUAUUUCCAACCUGGAUUCCCUGGACGUCCAAGAGGGAGUGGCUCGUGGCGUUUAUCAACCGAUAGAGAUCAAUGUUCAGACACCAAAUGGAGAGCUUGUCUGCCGGUGCUAUAAAAUGAAUAAAUGUAUUUAUGGACUGACAUCUCCUCAAUACAAGCAGGUCAUGUGUAUGGGAGCAAAGCAGAACAAUUUACCAUUGGAAUAUCAGAAAAUGUUGGAAGAACUAAAAACCAAUAACUAUUCUGGGCAUAUUGCAAUAAUGGACAAAUUAAAAGAAGCAAUGCAGAAAGUGCAAGAUGAUGGAUGAUUUCAGUGUGAAUUGCAGUAUCUGCCAUGUUUGAUUUUGAGUUAAUUUACAUCUUUUUUCUUAUGGACUUCAUUUGGCAGCUUACAUAUGUGAUUGAUCCUAGAAAUUUCAUAAAUUUAUAUUUCAAGUGGU